ACUGCUUGCACCGAUCACAGAUGGCUAGUAUAGUAUAGUUGUUUAAAUAUGCAAUAGUUCUGGCUGGUCAGAACUAGUCUAAUUGUAACCGUGCGCGGGAAAGUACGCGAUGCGCGAAUUGUUUCACAGUUGAGCACGAUAGGGUGUAAGGAUAUUACAUGCAGGAUGCAGACGUUUUUCGGAAUAUUUGCUUUGAUGCUGGGGAGUUGCUGCUACCACGCUCAGGCGCAGGACAGCAUAAUGUCUGUGAUUGAGUUCCUUCAGGAUGGAGGAAAACGAUUGAAUAGAGAGCUUCCUGAUCGAAAUAAUCUAUAUGAAGAGUACGAUUUUGUGAUAGUUGGAGCUGGAUCAGCGGGUUGUGCUCUAGCAGCCAGACUGUCGGAAAUCAGUGACUGGAAUAUUUUACUCAUAGAGGCUGGUGCGAAUGAAAAUUUACUGAUGGAUAUUCCAAUGUUCGUUCAUUAUAUGCAAAGUUAUGACGUGAACUGGGACUAUCGAACGAAGCCAAGUGAUCAGUACUGUCUAGCGUUUAAAAACAAUCAGUGUAGAUUUCCGCGAGGCAAAGUGAUGGGAGGGUCCAGUGUGCUUAAUUACAUGAUUUAUACUAGAGGAAAUCGUCGCGAUUUUGAUAGUUGGGCUGCAGCUGGAAAUGAAGGAUGGAGCUACAAGGACGUAUUACCAUAUUUCCAAAAAUUAGAACACAGUUUUGUUCCUGACUCAUAUCCAGGAUAUGCUGGAAAGAAUGGACCACUAGCUGUAUCUUAUGUACCGUAUAAAUCUAAAAUAUCAAAACUAUUUUUGGAGGCAUCCUUACAAGCCGGAAUUCCGUACGUGGACUACAAUGGACCGAAACAAGUUGGGAUAUCGUUUAUUCAGAGCACUACCAGAAAUGGAUACCGUGAUAGUACUAAUGCGGCAUACUUAUAUCCGUUGAAGAAUCGAACGAAUUUGCAUGUGAGGAAAAGGUCUCAAGUGACGAAGAUUAUCAUUGAUAAAGAAACGAAGCAGGCAACGGGGGUUAAAUUCUACCACAAUCGCAAAUAUUAUACCGUAAAAGCCCGGUAUGAAGUUAUUCUAUCAGCCGGUGCUAUAGGAUCACCACAUCUUUUAAUGCUGUCCGGCAUUGGACCUAAGCGGCAUUUACAGGAGAAAGGAAUCAAACCAAUUGUGGACCUCCCCGUAGGCUACAAUUUUCAAGACCACACCGCUGCUGGAGCACUAACUUUCCUCGUCAACAACACUAUGAGUAUGAUGGUCGAACGAGAAAUGUCCAUUGAGAAUUUCAUGGAUUUUCAACUACGCCAUACGGGACCAUUAACUUCAAUCGGAGGAUGUGAAACAAUUGGUUUCUUCGACUCAGAACAUCCGAAUGACUCCGAUGGCUGGCCGGAUUACGAACUGCUGCAGAUAGGUGGAACAAUGGCUGGUGAUCCUUCUUUUGAGUUGAAUUUCAAUUACAAGCAUGAAACGUUCCAAAAACUCUUCGGUGAAGUACAACGAAAAAGUCUCAAUGGAUUCACGGUUUUCCCUCUAAUAUUGAGACCACGAAGUAGCGGUAGGAUUUCUCUCAAAAAUGCAAGCCCAUUUAGAUAUCCAGUAAUAGAACCAAACUACUUCUCCGAUCCAUACGAUUUGGACAUCUCGGUGAGAGCGAUUCGUAAAACACUUGAAAUCAUUGAUCAACCAGCGAUGCAACAACUUAACGCUCAUCUCCUGCCGGUGCCAAUGCCAGGAUGUGAACAGUAUGAGUUCAACUCUGAUGAUUACUGGCGAUGUUUCACGAGACACGCAACCUACACCAUCUACCACCAUGUUGGAACCUGUAAAAUGGGACCCCGGAAGGAUCGCUCAGCGGUGGUUGAUCCCCGCUUGCGGGUACACGGCAUCAAAGGUCUACGGGUAGUAGAUGCCAGUAUCAUGCCAAAUGUGCCUGCCGGACAUACCAAUGCACCGACGGUGAUGAUCGCCGAAAAGGCAGCCGACAUGAUCAAAGAAGAUUGGAACAUGGUUCGACGAUGAUCGAUCGGUCCAAAUGAAGUGACACGGUAAAUGGUGAUAAAGCUUUAACUUAUUGUGAACAUAUUUAUGAAAAGACUGGAUUAAUAAAUGAUUAGUAUGCGAUAUGCGAAGAUUAAAAUGAGAUACCGAAACAAAGA